UAGAGAGAACUUUGUGCAAAGACAUCCUUAUAUGUUUGGUGACAGAGUUGUUUUUCUUUUUUCCCAGUUAGUGGGAGGCAAUAAAUCCAGCCAGCGUGGAAAAGAUUUAGCAGUCAGUAUGAUGGUGGAGGGAAACACUGAAGCCAGAAAUCAACGUAGGGGGUGUCCAGAUCCUGUCUUUAUUUUCAGUUGUGAAGUGGUAGGCCUCUUUGGGAGGAGGAGCUACUCUAACUUACCCUUACUGAGGAGGAAAAAGAAAAUUGAGUAACUGAAUUUACAUCAUUUGCUGCUAGGGAAAUAUCCGUUCUUUGCCUGUGCUGCCACACCCAGUCCUGAUCCAUCCCUGUUUAUUCAUUGCCACAUUUCCCCACACCAGACAAAUCUUAUCCCAUGACAAUCAGGAACUAUUAUUUCUGAGGGCAGGGCAAUUCUACCAUAAAACAACCACCUGUCUGAAGCCAAUCUCCAGACGAAAGAAGUUUCAGUCCAUGAGAGAAGGACACUGGUGAAGCAAGGAGAGAGGGAGGAUUGAAAGUGCAACCAAGGCAACAGAAAAAGAUCAGCAGGACUUGGAGGAGCAUCUGAAAAAAAAGAAGAAGAAGAAUAAGAAUCUGCUGAGAAGCAAGCAGAGACAUUACAGAACUUCAAGGAAGGAGAGGAGAGGAGACCAGACUGCAAGAUGAGCAAUCCACAGAAUGAGAAGACAUCUCAAAUGAAUGAAUCCUUUCAACCUGGACAACAGCCUGAUCCGAUGAAAUCAGCUAUGAACCCACCGCCUCCAAUGUAUGGGACAUCUCCCUCUAUGCAAUACCAGUAUCAACCUUAUGCUGGACCUCCCGGUGCCGUACCUAUGCAGCCUCAACAAACCAUCUUCGUCACAAAUGUACAGUCUGUCAAUGAACCAGAUUAUUUGGGCUACUCCAUCUUCACCCUCCUUUGCUGUUUCCUCCCCUUGGGCAUAGCUGCUUUGAUUUUCUCUAUAAAGACUCAAGGGGCCAAUCAACAGGGAGACAUCGUGUCUGCUAGGAGAUAUUCCAGACUGGCCCUCACCUUGGAUCACGUGGCGCUUGGAUUGGGGAUUGCAUGGAUCGUUCUGGCUAUUAUUUUGGUCAUUGUUUUCAGCACCGUAGCUGUGACCACAGUUCAACAGGGCAAUUUUGGAAACUUUGGAAAUAUCAAUCCCUGAAGACACCAUAUUAUCUUAAAUGAUUUCUGUUCUUAAUACACAGAAGAGAAGUCAGAAAUCAAACUAUCUAAAAUGAAACCAUAUUCUUUGAAUUAAUGUAAAUCGUGUAAAAUGCUUGGUGCAGAAUUUAACCGUAGGCCGGUCCUUCAGACUUCUCACUUGUUCACCUAUGCUUUGCUGGCCGCACCUAUGAACUAGCCCAUAAUACACUGAAGACAACAUUGGGCAGUCUGAAACCCUAUUAAUCGAUUAUUCUGAUUCUUAUCGACCCCCAGAUUGAAACAAUAGCUUGGGAAAAGGUAAAUGUAUCAGUUUUGAGGCCACAUGUGAAGCAUUGGCUCAUUUGGAGGUGAAAACUGUUUAUAUUGAAAUACACAUAAUCAGUUCUAAAUCUCAUUCAUAUGAAAUGGAUGCAAUGCACUAGACGUGAGAACGGAAAUCCCGAUUUGUUGGAAACCUACCAUAAGGAUAUUCUUCAUAUUUUCUCUGGGACAAUCUUACAGACAUAAGAUUUAUCUUUACACAUAAAACUCAGUGUUGUCAUAAAUCAAAAGUGAACAAUGUGGUACUUUAGGGCUUCAUGUAGUUUUCCAAAUCCUGACACACAUUUUACUCCAAAUUGUAAAAUUUAAUGCGAUCAAAGGAAUAUCUCUGUCUCACCUUUCUGUAUCAUUGAUUUCAUUGUCACAUUGCUCUUAUUGUUGGAAAUUAUUACAUAUUAUCCAAUUAGCAUCUGCCCUUCUGUAAUUUGAUAACCUUAUUCUGUGUACUGCACUGAUAUAAUACAAAGUAGGAUUUUAUUAAAUGUAUGAAGUGAGAUUCUGUGAAGAUUUUUUUGUUGUUGUUGUUUAAACUUAUAUAAAUUUAUAAUAUAAACUUAUGUGAAAUAAAUGCUAAUUUGUGUUCUG